CACACACAGAGUUUGAUCUCUUCCUAUUGGCUGUUUGGCAUUAUACAGAGACGCGCGACUGGAGACUGGAUAUAUCUUGAAGUUUCAUGAUCAGCAGCGCGCAUCGAAAAUAAAGUAGCGCGCUCCACUUUCAUACGCAAACAUGGGAGUUGGGGGCGGACGAGAUGAAUAUGACUUGGCGGCAAAGUCGGACCAAGGAGGGAAGAAAAAGAACAAACACAAGAAGGAUAAAGAUAUGGAUGAACUGAAGAAGGAAGUACAUUUGGAUGAUCACAAAUUGACUUUGGAAGAGCUCCACCGUAAAUACGGUACAGAUUUGAGCAAGGGUCUCUCAAGCGCUCGUGCAGCGGAGAUCCUCGCCCGUGAUGGACCUAAUGCCCUCACUCCACCUCCAACCACACCCGAGUGGGUCAAGUUCUGUAAGCAGAUGUUUGGAGGUUUCUCCAUGCUGCUGUGGACCGGUGCUAUUCUCUGCUUUUUUGCAUAUGGCAUUCAGGCAGCAAUUGAUGAUGAGCCGGCCAAUGACAACUUGUAUUUGGGUGUCGUGCUGUCUGCUGUGGUCAUCAUCACGGGAUGUUUCUCAUACUAUCAAGAGGCCAAGAGCUCUAAAAUUAUGGACUCCUUCAAGAAUUUGGUUCCACAGCAAGCUUUGGUUGUCCGUGACGGUGAGAAGAGUAACAUAAAUGCCGUAGAAGUGGUGGUCGGUGAUUUGGUAGAAGUAAAAGGUGGUGACAGGAUCCCUGCUGACCUGAGAAUCAUUGCCUCACAUGGUUGUAAGGUGGACAACUCCUCUUUGACUGGAGAAUCUGAGCCUCAGACACGCUCCCCGGAUUUCUCAAAUGAUAAUCCUCUGGAAACCAGGAAUAUUGCUUUCUUCUCUACUAACUGUGUGGAAGGUACCGCACGUGGCAUUGUUAUCAGCACCGGGGACCGUACGGUAAUGGGCCGAAUUGCCACCCUCGCAUCUGGUCUAGAGGUUGGGCGCACCCCCAUCUCCAUUGAGAUUGAGCAUUUCAUUCACAUCAUCACAGGCGUGGCUGUCUUCCUGGGCAUGUCUUUCUUUGUUUUGUCUCUCGUACUCGGUUACUCCUGGUUGGAGGCUGUUAUCUUUCUUAUUGGGAUCAUUGUUGCCAAUGUACCUGAAGGUCUUCUUGCAACAGUCACGGUUUGUCUCACCCUUACAGCCAAGCGUAUGGCUAAGAAGAACUGUUUGGUUAAGAACCUUGAGGCUGUUGAAACCCUGGGCUCAACCUCAACUAUCUGCUCUGAUAAAACUGGCACAUUAACACAGAAUCGUAUGACUGUAGCCCACAUGUGGUUUGAUAACCAGAUCCAUGAAGCCGACACCACGGAAAAUCAGAGCGGGACUUCCUUUGACCGUACCUCGGCCACCUGGUCCUCUUUGGCACGCAUUGCCGGGCUUUGCAACAGGGCUGUGUUUUUGGCAGAGCAGACUGAUGUGCCUAUUCUGAAGAGAGAUGUUGCUGGAGAUGCCUCUGAAUCAGCUUUGCUGAAAUGCAUCGAGCACUGCUGUGGAUCCGUGAAGGAAAUGAGAGAGAAAUACUCCAAAGUGGCGGAAAUACCUUUUAACUCAACCAACAAAUACCAGCUUUCAGUGCACAAGAAUCCCAACAGUGACUCGGAGUCUAAACACCUGCUAGUGAUGAAAGGAGCUCCAGAGAGAAUCCUGGACCGCUGUGCUACCAUACUGAUGCAAGGAAAGGAGAUUCCUUUGGAUGAUGAAAUGAAAGAAUCCUUCCAGAAUGCUUAUCUGGAGCUUGGGGGUCUUGGAGAAAGAGUCUUAGGAUUCUGUCAUUACAUCCUCCCUGAUGAGCAGUACCCAGAAGGCUUUCAGUUUGAUACUGAAGAUGUGAAUUUCCCCACCGACAAUCUGUGCUUUGUGGGUCUCAUGUCAAUGAUUGAUCCUCCCCGUGCUGCUGUACCUGAUGCUGUAGGCAAAUGCAGAAGCGCUGGGAUCAAGGUUAUCAUGGUAACCGGUGACCACCCAAUCACAGCCAAAGCCAUAGCGAAGGGAGUCGGGAUUAUUUCGGAGGGUAAUGAGACUGUGGAAGACAUUGCUGCACGUUUGAAUAUCCCUGUCAAUGAAGUCAACCCCAGAGACGCAAAGGCUUGUGUGGUACAUGGCGGAGAAUUGAAGGAUCUGUCUUGUGAAGAGCUAGAUGAUAUUUUGAAAUAUCACACAGAGAUUGUGUUUGCCAGAACGUCACCACAGCAGAAACUCAUUAUUGUUGAGGGCUGCCAGCGACAGGGAGCCAUUGUGGCUGUAACAGGUGAUGGUGUGAAUGAUUCUCCGGCGCUGAAAAAGGCUGAUAUCGGUGUUGCUAUGGGCAUCGCUGGCUCAGAUGUGUCCAAACAGGCUGCAGACAUGAUCCUGCUUGAUGACAACUUUGCUUCAAUCGUCACAGGUGUAGAGGAAGGUCGACUGAUCUUUGACAACUUGAAGAAGUCCAUUGCUUACACCCUGACCAGUAACAUCCCUGAGAUAACACCCUUCCUGUUCUUUAUUAUCGCCAACAUCCCCCUACCACUAGGAACUGUUACCAUAUUGUGUAUUGACCUGGGAACAGACAUGCUCCCUGCUAUUUCACUGGCGUAUGAGGCUGCUGAAAGUGAUAUUAUGAAGCGACAGCCAAGAAAUCCCAAAACAGACAAACUGGUGAAUGAAAGACUUAUUAGCAUUGCGUAUGGACAAAUAGGUAUGAUUCAGGCUCUGGCAGGAUUUUUCACAUAUUUUGUUAUCCUUGCUGAAAAUGGCUUUUUACCAUCAAGGCUGUUAGGAAUACGUGUGUAUUGGGAUGACAAGCAUGUUAAUGACCUGGAGGACAGUUAUGGGCAACAGUGGACAUAUGAACAGAGAAAGAUUGUGGAGUUUACGUGCCAUACAGCAUUCUUCACCAGCAUCGUGGUCGUGCAAUGGGCCGAUCUGAUCAUCUGCAAGACCAGGAGAAAUUCUGUCUUCCAGCAAGGAAUGACGAACAAAAUCCUGAUCUUUGGAUUGUUUGAAGAAACUGCAUUGGCAGCUUUCCUGUCUUACUGUCCUGGCAUGGGUGUGGCUCUCAGAAUGUACCCACUCAAGCCCAAUUGGUGGUUUUGUGCCUUCCCAUACUCUCUUCUCAUCUUCAUCUAUGAUGAAAUCAGAAAGCUCAUCCUUAGACGGAACCCUGGAGGUUGGGUGGAGAGAGAGACGUAUUACUAGAUCAUCAUAUCAGCAACAAAAUGCCUGUGUGCCGUCAUUGUGGUGUUAUAGUAGUUUUGCUGUUGUGAAUUUAACUUCCUUAAAUUUUUUCAAUAUUUUUAUAUAGAACAACCGAUGUGAUUCGGCUGGCAGUACAUGCCACUUUAAAGAUAGACUUAAAACUCACAAUUAACAAGUUUUUAAUCAUGUAAUUUAAAUAAAAUAUGUGUUCACUUCA